AUGCGAGAACAAUUUCGUAACGAGCUGUUAUUGUCGCGUGGAAGCGAUUUGAGGUUACGGCCCGCGGGUGGUCGGGCUCACGGCCCACCUAAUGUAACCGUGACCCACUUCCAACACGCCAAGGAUGCGCGGCAGUGCGUGGGUGCGGCGGAGACGCUAGCGGGCGCGGCAGCGGCGAGCGGAGAGGUGUCGGGCCGCGAGCGCGACGACUGGUGCCCGCACGAGGCACGGCGGCAUGCGCUGACGUGCGCGCGGCGCUGCGCGUGCUGCGGCGCGGCGCGAUGCCCUGACAUGGAGGAGAGCGGGUACUGGCGACCGUCGUGCUCGACGCUGUCGCUGGCGGAGCCGCAUGGCAGCACGACGCACCUGUGCGCGCGGCACGCCCCGCCGCGGCCGCACCGUCACCCGCACGCCGCGCACGCGCACGCGCUCGCGCACCAGCACCAGCACGCGCACGCGCACCACCUGUCGCACGCGCAACACGCCUCGUGCCCGGUGCACAGCCCCUUCAGGCAACCCACGCCAGAAUAUUGUGCAGCGCAUUCACAGGUAACAGGUAGCUUUAAUAUAUGUUGGCCGUACAGACUCACGCCGAGAAGCCCCAAGAACACCCGAGACACGUGA